GUCCUGCAGAGGCGGCAGACGUGAGUUGUUCUCCGUGAAGAAGAUUCAAGAUGAACGCCCUUUAUCUGUUGCUAGUGAUUGGUUGGUUGGCAACAUUAGUGCCCAUUGUGACGGGGUCUUACUGCACACAAACCUACACCUGCACAAAAUCUCAGCGGUAUACGACUAGCUGCGGUUUUCUGGGAUGGAAGAGAUGUACUCGUUACAGAAACGUGAACUCCCAGUGUUCCAGGCAGGUGUGUUGUAACGGAUGGACCGAUCCAGGUUGUAACCAAGCCCUUUGCUAUGGCACCAAGUCGUGUCCUAACGGCGGAACCUGCGUCUCUCCUAACAAGUGCUCUUGUCGACCAGGGUACGCCCUUCCACGAUGUACAGAUAUAAACGAGUGUGCCAGCAGUCCUUGUCAAAAUGGUGCACGUUGUGUAAAUGAAGUGAAUCGCUAUACCUGUCAAUGCGCAGCCGGAUACACCGGUGUCAACUGUCAGAACGAUAUUAACGAAUGCAGUAGCAAUAACGGCGGAUGUGCACAGCAGUGUGUUAAUUUGCGAGGUUCCUUUGUCUGCAGGUGUGGUAGCGGAUAUAGGCUCGCGUCGAACAACAGAGGAUGCGACGACAUAGACGAAUGUGCUGCCGGCAGUUCUGGUUGCGCUCACCGUUGUUCAAACACCGUCGGUGGCUUCCAGUGUAGCUGCAAUGCCGGGUACACCUUGGACGGCAACGGCAAGACUUGCAAUGGUAACUGUGAAAAAAUUGUGUUAUUUAUAUUUCUCAAAGAACACGCAGUGAAAGCUAUAUGA